AGAGAGAGAACGCUUUACCGCAGUAUCACUACAUUUCUGCAUCACUCAUCAAAACUCUGCGGCAUGCUAACUAGAUCUGGGGGGAGGGCUUUGUGCUGAGUGUAGUGUCAACACCACCGUCGUUUAGUAUAGAUUGACUGUAAUUAGAUACAGUAGCACGGAGCAGCCAGAUUGUUCAUCCUUUUCUUUCAAACAGCUCGUCCAUUUGUGCGCUCGCUAACGACUUUCUGCAGCCUAUCUGAGUAAAAUAUUUCACAUCUCACCAAAACGCCUAUUACAUUAGGUUAUAACACCCGGUAACAGUCCGUGGAUUAAACUAAUUUAGCAAAAUGGCAAAGGAUGCUGAGAAGAGCACUUGGAAGGACUUCAUAUGGAACUCCAGGACCCGAGAAUUUUGUGGCAGGACAGGGAGCAGCUGGGGCCUCAUCCUGCUCUUCUACCUAGUGUUCUACAUCUUCCUAGCAGGCAUGUUCUGCCUCACCAUGUACGUCAUGCUGCAGACCUUGGAUGACUACAAACCCACAUGGCAGGACAGGCUUGGCACACCAGGCAUGAUGAUCAGACCCAGGGGAAAGGCGAUGGAAAUCUCCUACAACACCACCAACACUGAGACCUGGGACAUGUACAUCAAGACACUGGACAACUUCCUCUCCCCCUACAACAACUCUCUGCAGGCUGAGAAGAAUGAAGAGUGCACAUCGGACCAGUACUUUAUUCAGGCAGACAGUGGUGAUGUGAAGAACAACCCCAAGCGCUCCUGCCGGUUCAACCGCACCCUUCUAGAGAAAUGUUCUGGCCUUGAUGACCAUACCUAUGGAUACCAGGCUGGCAAACCAUGCAUCAUCAUCAAGCUGAACCGGGUCAUUGGGAUGUUGCCAGGAAAGGAUGGCCAGGCUCCAUUUGUCACCUGUGGAGCGAAGAAAGAAGACUCUGAUAAGAUUGGACAGGUGGAGUACUACCCUGAAAAUGGCACCUUCAACCUCAUGUACUACCCUUACUAUGGCAAGAAAGCUCAGGUGAACUACUCCCAGCCGCUGGUUGCCAUCAAGUUUCUCAACAUAACCCUCAAUGAAGACAUCAACAUCGAGUGCAGGAUCAUCUCCAACAACAUUCCUCCUGGGAGUGUAAGAGACAAGUUUGCGGGGAAAGUGUCUUUCAAACUGAGGAUCAACACUAAAGGCUAGAUGUACAUUCUCUUUCUCUCACUAACAUGUCCACCCACCUCUACAUUCUGUACACAGGUACACACACACAUACAGGGACAGAUUACAGAAUUAACACCCUCCGUUUGUCGAAUAGAAAAUGUUUACAACUUCAAUUUACCCUACAUGUCGGGCAUUGUAUGUCCAGUGGAGUGAUGAUGUCAGAAUGGUGGAGUUAAACGGGUGGUAAUUCUGUCUCUGUUUCUGUGUGUGAGCUUUGAUUCUUUUCUGUAAAUUAGUUUGAGGUGAAGUCUAUUGAUACUGCAUGACUAACUAGGGGAUAUAGUGGACAUAAACAUGUAUGAUUUGAAAGUUUGCAAGGAGAAGCAACGCCUCUUACCAGUUUACUGUUGCUCCUUCAUCUCUGCCUCCCUAUAGAGUGCCCCUCUAUAUACAAAUAUACACAAAAUACAAUACAAACUGUGUAUAUCUAUUUAUAUAUCAUAACCUUAUAUCAGUAUGUCUAUUUUGUUGCGCUUAAAAAUAAUCCAACAGCUAAAACAUAUGAUGAAAAAAAAUAUUUUUGUGGAUGAAUGAAGAGAUGGAGACAUUUUGCAUGUGUGUAUUGUCUUUAGUGCCCUAAGAAGGCGGGAGGCCUCAUGUCUCAGCUCUCUGCUCUGCUAUGUGGGAAUUAUAAACGAGGCUAUAUUAAACUGCUGGCCACCAGGAGGGACCACGCUGCACUCUGCAGUGAUCAUCCAAUUUAACCCAUAAGAAGAUAGCAUCUCCAACAUGGGGAGUUACAGAGGUCAAGACCAUUGAGUGUGUGUAUGUGUGUGCGUGUGUAUGUUUGUAUGUGUGUGAGUAUGUACUAUACAUUUGUUUGUAUGACCAAAUUCCAUUUGCAAGACAGAAUGCAUUCUCUAGGUCGGGAAGAUGCAUAUGCAAUGUGCAAUAUUAAUUAAGAAUGACACAUCAUGCACAUUCUACACAUUAAACAGGACUCUUUUGUCAUAAACACUUGAAUUGCAGAUGGUCAUAAAUCGGAUUAGGCUUCCAUAACAUGAAUAUACACUACAUUGUCCUUACAUGGUUUAUGUUCACAUCUGUGUUCCAACAGCUCAAGGCUUAGGGCUAGUUUGUUUGUUCAUAGUUUUUUGCAUGUGCAUCGCAUCUAUUGAUAUGUUCCUAUACAUAUAAGAAAGAGAUGCUGUUCUUCUAUUUUGUAUUGAUUUGCACUGGUUUGUGUUUUUCUUGUGAAGACGAGAUGCUUAUGGUUCUGUGGAGAAGGAAAAAUAGAGAGUUUGUUUUGUUUCUACGUUUGUUUAAAUUUAUAUUCAAACAUGUUGUACCAAUUUAAUCAGUUGUACAUGACUUGUUAUUGCUGUAAUAGUGCAUCUCAGUUUAAAGCUGUCUCCAACAUCUGAUUACAUGGGCCAGAAUGUCUGUAAGGCUGGUUUGGUGAUAACGGUAAUCUGUUUGAUUUAUUUUUAUUUUGGUAGGAUUCUCUACCAUUACAUUGCUUUAAAAAGGGAGCAACAGACCAACCAACCUUGUAGUUGGAGGGUGUACUAUAACUAAAAGCACCUACAGUUGAGCAUGUGCAAGAGCGUUUAUGAACUUGCUCUAGAAUGAUGGUCAAUGUGCUGGCGCACCGAUGCCCUGGAUGUGCUGCUGACUUGGGGCUGGAUUCAAUCCGUAACGCUAAACUUCGGCAUACAGAUUGAAUCCAGCCCUUGAUUCAGUACACAUAAUGAGAAAAAACAGUUGAGGAAUCUAUAGAUCUGAGCAAGUGCUGCUGAACACUGGCUGUGACAUUGUGGCAAUGUGACUCUGAUCCUUCUUCAACGUCAUAGCGACACUUUUAGAACCCUAGCAUCUGUUCACUCAGCUUAACGCUUGACUUUUAGGACCUUUCUUCGAUCAGUCAGUAUAAGGUGUAUAUCAAUCAAUUUUCCUUCAUUUUGGUUAAAGUUGCACCUCAGUAAUAUCAUCAUCAUGAAGACUUGACAGUAUAAUAAUAAUCAGUAUAUAAAUAAUCUGUUUUGUUUGAUAGCUGUAUAAUACACGUUGAGGGUUGACUGAACAAAGUCAAUUGACUCCAUGCUAAACAUCCAUGUUGCGUGUGGCCUACCAAUAGUCCUUGUUUUUGACAUUGUGAGACAAUGGAGUGAACAGUGCUACUUCCUCGUUAGCAUUCCUGCUCCACUCAGUCUGUUUCGCAUGCUGAGAUUUCACUGUAAUCUCUUAAUCUGGUCAGAUAAUCUAGAGCAGGUACUUUAUCCUCUCUUUGUAGUUCCUCCUUCUUGUGUCAACCCCCCUCUUCUCUCUUUUGUCCACACACACACACACACACACACACACACACACACACACACACACACACACACACACACACACACACACACACACACACACACACACACACACACACACACACACACACACACACACACACACACACACACACACACGGAGAGAAUCCUUCACCCUUUCUGUUAAAAGAUGUCAGGUGAGGAAUGACUACGGUAUGUGCUUGGUUCCACAGUUACUUUAAGGUCUAUAUUAUUAUUAUCAUGGUUUUAUCCAUGUGACCCAUGUAUUGCCAUGUUGUAUCACAAGAUGUUUUGUCCCAUGAGCCCAUUCCAUUCACAAUUCAAUCUACAAGUAAAUGUGUAUCCAUGGUGUGUGUAGCCACACAAAUACAUAUAUGUGGAUAUAUUCCAGUUGUAAAAUUAAUGCUUUUCUUUUCUGCCUACAAAAAAGUUGUCCUGCCACAUUCCCUCCAACCAAAGAUAUUCAUGAUCAUUUUACCAUUAUGAAAUAAUCGUGCUGCAACUACAGACCACAUAUCUCUAAGAGAAAGGGUUUAAUUUAUGAAGGAAGUCCUAUUCUUAUAUAAUGCUACGCACAGAAGGAGCAGGUUUCACUAAAUAACAACAGUGCCUCCUGGUGGGUGGACAGAUGUGUUGUUCCCCAAUAUCGCCGAAUGUUAUUUAAUGUUAUCUCCAUAUAUCCGUUUUUAUAUGAUAAUUUGGAGAUGUCUUCAAAAAGCAAUAUAUGUAUUUCCUGUGUUGCUGAUGAUGUUUUUAUUCUUGGAAUGGCUGUAACAAAUUUAUAGUAACAUUAAUCAUCAAGAGAGUGAGGAAGAAGACAGAAAGAACAUGUAAAUAUUAUGUUCACAAAUAGAUAUACAGUUAUAUGUCUGCCAAUGCACAUCUUCAAGAUUGAACAAUAGAAACACUUAACAGUUUUGUUUUCAAAAGAGAUAAAGUAUUUUUAUUGUUAUUUUGUUGUAAAGAGGAGAUUAUGUGUUAGCUUUGGAUUGUAAUAAAACAGGGGUGCUACCUGGUAGGUGUUUGACCUGUAAACUCUUGACUCUGGUUGAACACAUACCAAGUAUGGUUGAAUGUAGAACAUGUUUCUUUUUGGUUACCUUCUUUCUCUAUUUUGUUUUCAACCUUGCAGUAUUGGAUGUUUGCAAUGAUGAGCGCUCCACUCUUUCUCAGUCAUUGUCUACUGGUUACUCUUUCAGAUGAACAGUGCAUGUCUUUAUAUGGGCCACAGUAUGAUGAGAUGGAGGGCAUCAUCUUGGUUUGAUCAGUUACACUGAUUCAAUAGAAAGCUGCAUAUUUACAACUGCAAUGGAUUUAUCCUCAAACAGCACAAUACUCGCCUGUGACCACUGCAUGUGGCAAACUAGUGUGAACUACCUAUUUGUUUCAAACUCACUUCUGAAGCAGCAAGACACAGCUUUUCACGAAGGUCCACCCUGAAAAGAACAGCAAACGUAUCCCUGAUUUAAGACUAUCGUGUAUCAGACAGAUAAUUCAAAAUGAUCUAAGGCAGAAAUCCUUUGAAACACAUUAGGACAGUCUCACCCAAAAAUGAAAAUGGCUGAUAAUUCUAUUCUCUUUGGAUCUUUUUUUGCUGUUAUUGUAUUUAUAUAUAUUUUUUGCUCAUGUUCGUUGUAAAAAAUGACAGAGAAAUCAAUAAACGUGAUUGAAAGAAACACAA